UUGUCAUGGGAAGACUUUACUCCGCUGUUUCAUACAGAGAGAGAGAGAGAGAGAGAGAAAGAGGACUUCAGCUUCAGGAACAAGACAGCAAAAGACUCAGGAGCAACUAUGUGAAUGGGACAGAAAACAAGGAAACAAAGCACAUAGCACCUAGCUGAAUCCUGCAUCCUCACACUGAAUCGGAGAAAGGAGGUCAUUGUGAUGAACAGCAUGCUCCCUCAAAGGAGUGCCGUCGCCACUCUGGGCUACGGCUCAGACUGUGUGAAGAUUGAGCACAGCAGCAGUGGCUCAGUGGGUGGGACGUUGCUGAGGGGCUCCCGCUCUAAGGCAGAGCUGCAGGAGCUGAUGGAGACUCUGCAGCGCAGGAAGAGUGCUCUGGAGGCCAGCUUGAGGGCAGCGGAGUGCAGCCGCAAGUACCUCAGCGUGCCCUCAGGUGUUGGAUCACAGUCCACCAGGCCAUUGUCAGUCCUCAGCAAUACAGAGCGGCCUCCGUCGGCCUCCAGAACCUUCUCCUACAUGACCAGCAGCAGUGUGCCUCCAUCUCCUCGCCAAGGUGAACGCCAGUUGAGCCCUAACGGCUUACUCCGUUACUCCCACUCUCGCCACCAGUCACAAGACAGUCUGCUCCUCUCUAAUGCAGCAGAUGGAAGCUCUCUGCUCUCCUCCUAUGGGCAGCCCCUACCUCGUUCUCCCAGGGUCAAAAGUGGUGCAGCCAGUGUGCCGUCCAGCCCUCGCAUGGGCCGCAGGCUCUACUCUCAGGGCAAAGCUGGAGGAGAGUCUCGGCAGAGAAAAUACUCCACUGGCUCCCUCAACAGCCUGGGGAUGCACAGCCGCUCUCUGCCAAGGCUUAACAAUGCAGCAGACCCCCCUGCUCUGUCACUGCCAACACGCCACUCAGUGGGUUCCCACAGAGGAGUGGGCUCAGCGGGGCCACGGUGCAGUCUCUCCUCCCUGGAUCAGCCACCGGAUGUGACAGUACCAGCCAGCAUGCCCAGUACUCCCAGGAGGGCCAGCCUGGCCUCUCUGAGCUCUCUGGGGAUGGACGUGGACGGGACUGGCUUAGAUCUAGGCUUUGGAGAGAGGAGGUUGUCUUUUGGGAAGGGUGGGCUAGGUCCAGGACAGAGGGUGGGCAGCAUCAGCUCUUUGAAUGGCAAAGAGGAGCUGAGAGACUAUCACCAGCACCAGAGGGAUGAACGACUCAGGGAGCAGAAGGUGCAGAGACUGGAGUGCCAGCGUCUAGAGACCAUCUUAAACCUGUGUACCGAGUUGGGCCAUGUGGAGCGAGAGCCGGCAGGCUCGGCAGUUUCUGACCUGCAGAAGAUCAAUAAGGAGCUUGAGAAGCUGCAGGUGUCAGAUGAUGAGUCAGUGUUCUCUGACUCCCCCAGCAGCACUGCUCCAGAGGGCUGCUUUGGGGCCAAAGGCAGAGACUUUCAACUGGGCGAGGAGCAGCAGGCCGGCCAGCGUCAGCAGAGCGGCUACAGAGAGGCCAGGUCUCACUCGCCUGCUAUGAGUCUGAACAGCAGUGCCCCCUCACCCUCCACCCACCACAGGGCCAAAGCUUUGGAGAGUGUGCAGCUGAAACAGGAAGUAACGCAUAUAGAGGAAGAGAGGAUUCAAGUCCUGAACAACAUAGAAGAGCUGGAGCAGAAGAUCAAAGACCUGGACAACCAGAUGGAGGAGUCGGUCAGAGAGGUGGAGGUGGAGUGUGCUCUGCUGGAGGGAGAACAGGAGUCGGAGAUGGCCCAGCUGCAGAGGGAAAAGGAGCUUCUGGACCAACUUAAGGAGAAGGUUCACAGUAGUGAGAAGAAGAGCCACACUGAGAACUCGCAGGAGGCUGAGGAGCAGACAAAAAGUUUGGAGGAUUUGGAGUUUCAGAAGCUGGAAAGAGAAAUUAAUCAGAGCGAGGAAAAAGAGAAUCAGAGCCAGGAGCUGCUGCGAGAGAUCGCUGAGUGUCAGCGCCUUACUGUCACACGCAAGGAAAGACUCGCGGUGCUGAAGAAACAGUCCUCUCAGAUUACUUUACAGGCUCAGCAAGAAAGAGAGAAUUUCCAGAGAGAGAAGAACAAUUUGCUCGUCAUGCUUCAGAAGGAGAGAGAGAAACUGGCGUCUUUGGAAGGAAAGUAUGCAGAGUUGUCUGAGGGGCAGACGUUCGCUAACAACCCCGUAGCCAUCACAGAGCACCUGCACUCUCUGAAAGAGAGGAGAAGAAGCAGCAGCAGCAAGGAAAACGCCUCCCACCCGAGUGACAGCCUACCUCACAAGAGGAGCCAGCAGCUCCUCAGCUCUUAUGGCAGAUCCCUGGGACGCACGCUUCCUCCUAAGGCCCACUUGCCUCUGUCCCAAAGCUCCAGCUGUGGCAGCGUCAUCCCACAAGGCUUCAGCUUCUCCCCGAGGGACCUGAGCACCCGCCGCCUCCCCAAGACAGGCAACAACCAUGCACACAUGAGUGAAGACAGACAGAGAAGAAGUGAUUUCUGCAGCAGGAUGGUCUCUGAGCCCAACGUGUUCUUGGAAUCCUUCUCGUACCCGGACAACAGCCAGGCCUCAGAUACCGUCAGCGUGGACAGCUCUGACAGCCUCGAGACCAGCUUCUCCGCCUGCUCCCCAGACAACAUCUCCAGUGCCAGCAUGUCCAAUAUGGCGAAGAUCGAAGAGAUGGAGCGUUUACUCCGAGAGGCCCAAGCCGAGAAGCUGAGGCUCCUUGAGCAUCGGGAGCGUGAGAUGGCGAUGCGGAGGCAAGCUCUAGAGGAGGAGCGAAGAAGACGGGAGGACCUGGAGAAACGGCUGCAGGAGGAGACAAGCAGGAGACAGAGACUUGUGGAGAGAGAGGUGAAGCUCAGGGAGAAACAAAGAUCACAGUCCAGGCUGUUGACUCGCUACCUCCCUGUAAGAAAAGACGACUUUGAUCUUCACGGCCAUAUUGAGGCAGCCGGUCACAACCCAGAUGCCUGCUUCCAUCUGGCCAUCACUGAUAAAACCUGCCGAGGCUUCCUGGUCAAAAUGGGUGGCAAGAUCAAGACCUGGAAGAAGCGCUGGUUCGUCUUCGACCAGAAUCGCAGGACGCUCACCUACUAUGCAGACAAACAUGAGACCAAGAUGAAAGGAGUCAUUUACUUCCAAGCCAUAGAGGAGGUGUACUAUGACCAUUUAAAGAAUGCACACAAAAGCCCCAACCCCUCUCUGACCUUCAGUGUGAAGACCCACGAUCGUGUGUACUACAUGGUGGCUCCGUCGCCCGAGGCCAUGCGUAUCUGGAUGGAUGUUAUGGUUACGGGCGCUGAAGGACACAUGCACUUCAUGGUGUGACCGAUCCCAAGAGAUCAGGGUCCACACCCCUCGAUUUCUUUGGUAAACAUCGUGCCACACGAGAAGGUUUGCGGCGCUCUGCUCGCAUCAGCCUAACAGCAAACGCGUUGUGCAGAGCUGAGGUGAAUGUUCAUCAGGUCAACAACAAAUGAACUUCUGUUUACACUUGUAGUAUUUGUAACCUACAACUCAUGCGCAAAAGCACACUUUAUCAUGUAAUCAUGUAUAACAGAUCAAAAGAAUCGAUAUACAAGUUUCAUAAUUAAGCUAUUUAGUUAUUUUUUUUAUUUGUUUAUUUGAAUGGCAGGAGCAUCACUAAAUCUUGCAACAAUUAAGCUGUUCCAUUUUCCAACCUUCCUUAUACAAAAUCCCUUCUUUUCCCAUACUCUCCCAGUUAUGUUUGACUUUUGUUGAGUCAAAACCGCAGGGAUCAGGGCUGAUCAAAAACCCAGCAUCUGGUACACAUGUAAACCACGGUACACACUGAUGUUUCUUUGCCCUCUUCCUCUUCUCCCCUCUCUACUUUUGGUUGGACUCCACCUUUUCAGUGUUUCUGUAACUUAAUCAGACUGAAAUUUAAUUGCUUUCAGGCUGAAUCAGUGGGUCACAAGAAGAUCAACCCCUCCAAAUCCGUGGUUGCAAGAAUACACAUUCUUGUUUCUAGAUCGUCACUAAUAUUAAAAGUAAUUAGUGUGGGUAUUAUUUUGCAUUUUUAGCUCAAGCAUUUUGAUUGCUGUUGCCAGACUGCUAGCAUAAGCUGGUCCUGUCUUCUUAUUUAAACCAAGUCUGAAUGUCCAACAUCAGUAUUCCUUCAAAUCGGAUGCAUCAAUGUUUGCAUCAGUUUCAUUCCUGUGAGUCUUAAUAACGCUUUCUUCAAACGUACAACCCUUAAUCAUGAAGGAUAUUAUUAUAGGCACUUUUUACAUGGCAUGUAUUAUUUGUAAAUUCUGGCAAAUAUUCUUCUCAUAAAAGUAGAAAAUCACAAUGGUACUAUGUUUCCUGCCCACCACUGUGCAGCUAGCUCCCCCUCUAAAGUAGAGGCUACAGGCCUGAUUCGAUGAGGCCAUGUUGUGCAGCAGUGAUGCUACAUGUACUGCGUCACCACAUGUUCCGUGGCAUUUCAUGAUGUUUUUUCACCAGCAGAGGGCCUCAGUGUAGAGUUAUUGCACUGAAAUGAUGUCAUGCUCUGGCUGCUUGGCCCAGGCUCACUUAAAUGAGCAGUUAGUGAAAGAGUGGAGAUCAGUGAUCCAUUUUUUCUAAUGUUUAUAUGUCAAAUAUGUGCAUUUAUAAGCACAUGUAUUAUCAAGCUUAAGAUUUGCCUUUUGGAAAUAAAUCAUAAAUCAUUAUUAUGAUCUUGAACACAAAAUUAUUUUUGUAGUUUUGUUUUAAAUGUGCUAUAAAAUCGAUAUAUUAAAUCUGUAUAUUCUUUGACUGUUUUCAACAGUCUGACUAUCUGAUAAUGAAAGAGUAAGUGUAACACCAGCUGUUUGUUUACAGACUGCAGAUCAGGCUGCAGAGCUGAUAGUGUUGCAGAUGAGCUGUUGCCUUUGCUGGAUGCUUCUCAGUAAACAGAGGUAUCUGUCAUGUUAACAUCUCAUCCACAAACUGUCUCCCACUGUCUGAGACACAAGCCUUGAUACCAAACAAAUGGCCGCAUUUAUAUAUAAUUUGAAUAAAUUUAGUAUUUUAUAAUUUGUGUAUGAAAAGUGUUCAUUUUAGUCGAAAUUAUGCUACAGGUUUUUAUAACUGACAUUUUUCAGUCUCAAUAAGAAUAAAUCAUUUUGAU